UGUAGUUUCAAUUGGUUGAUGCAAACGUGGUCGCAGGCAAAGAUCGACGGACGGCAUCGGCGACGAGAUCCUCCAGCGAACUUCGGCCCGCCACAGCGGAAACAAAUCCGAGAUCUUCGCCUGCUCCUCCGACUCCUCCAAGCCCCAAUCGCCCGCCUCCGCCGCCCAUCACUGGUUCUCCAACUUCGUCGAACCCCCCACCUCCGCGGCCGCCGACCACCACCAGCCCCAACCCCUCUCCGACGACCCUCGCGGCCGCCCACCCCCGGUGCUCCUCUCGAAGCAGCCCCUCCGCCGCAAGUCCCGCUUCCAUGAGAAGCCCCCGGAGCCCCAGCCCGCCGCCAUCCCCCGCCGGACCUUCCGGAACCCUCCACCGGCUGCGGCGGAGCCCAACGAGCAAGGUCUCCUGCUGUCGCCGCCCCGGAAUUUGGUGGAAUCGGCUCAUCGGCGGUCGGUGUCGGCGUCCACGUGCUUGCUGGACAAGGUCUCCCGAGUGGACGGUUUUGGCCAUAGGCGGUCAGUCUCCAACUCGUCGGAGGCCGGCGAGCGGCGAUCGGAGGCCAGCGAGCGGCGAUCGGAGGCCGGAGAGCGGCGAUCGGUGGCGGAGGAGGACGUGGGGAAGCUGAAUGCGUUCCUUAGGAGGCAGAGGGCCAUGAUCGCGAAGAUCUCUCGCGGGGAGUUGUCUGCCAAGGCCCAGAUCAUACUCUCCGGAUCCUCAAACAGAACAGUUCAUUAUGGACUUUAGGAACCAUGAAGGCUCUGCCUUAAAGAAUAAAGUUCAAAUGAGCCAUUACUGCAGACAACGAAAAUAGAAACCCUUUUCAGGAUAAAAAAGAGUAAAAGGCACAACAAGUUCAAUGGUGGCAGCCAUUUGCUAUGCAUGGCUACUUGAGAACAGGGAGAAGGAGCAGGGUGGCAGUGGAGUGGUGGCACCAGUGGUGAGCAUGAAGAGAGGGAGGAUGCUCAAGCAAAAGCAAGCUGCCUGGCUCUUUUUUCACUUGGGGAUUGAUGCAUCUGCCUUGCUCUUCUCUGAUGAGGUGGAUCUGGAGGGUCUAAUGCUGGCCAGACAAUUAAGCAUACUUGUCAUCGGGCAAGAUGUUCUGAAAACUAAUAGCGAGGUGGGAUCACUGUGCACAGUUCUCACAGAUAAUUACUGUGAAGAAGCCUAUGAUCUGCUUGAGACACCAAAUUUGAAAAAACUUUUGCUUGCAGGUAUUCUUUUGGAUACACAAAAUCUGAACAGUGCUGCUAAAUUUUUUACAAAUAAGGAUGCAGAGGCGGUACAAUUGCUUCUGGUUGGCUCUGCUCCCAGCCAGAGACAUGAACUAUUUGAGCAAUUGAUGCAAGAUCAUAGGGAAAGUACAUUUCUUGAAGCUUUGAGGCAAAACUAUGGGAAGCCUUUUAAUGAGGAUAAUUAUGGAAGUGGAGAAUCUCGUGAACAAAGGACCUCAACAACGAAGUCAGCAUCCAUUUCUCCUCAAGAAGUUAAUAUACCAACAACAGCAAAGCAAAAGCCAACACCAGCUCCAGCACCAGCACCAGCACCUACCCUUGCUCCAGUGAAGGCACAGGAAAUAGCUUCUCGUGGGAAGAACAAAUUCUUUUUGGCAAAGUGGUUUGGCUUUGGUUCAAAAUGAUUUGUAUUCUUUCCACCACCUGCUGACCGUUGAAAUCCAAAACUUGUAUAGAUAAGAAAGUUCAACUUUUGACAUUUGAAUAGCCAAAGUCUAUGGUAGUCCUGUGGCUGACUUUCAUCUUAAUCAUAAUUUUUAAGCCCUAUAAUUAUGCCUGUUCUUGCUUUUCUUAUUUUUUUUCUCUCAAGCAAUUGUAUGGAGUUAGCGGACUUAAAAUUGGUAUUUCCUUGUAUGGUUCUAGCAUGACUCGUUAUCCCUUGUGCAAUAACAGUUCGGAGAAAAAAAAUAUUAGCUGUCCAGUGUCAUAGAAGAGUAUAGCAUUAUGAAGCACAACCUAAAAGAACUGGGGUCUAUAAAAGCUGCUGCAAAAUAAUGUGACGACUGAAGAGAGUGAAUUGCAGUCUAAUUAUGAAGCAAAUUGUUUAGUCUCAAGCAAAGCUGCGAGAUGAUGUUUUUUCCCAUUCCUUGGCAAUAAAAAGCCCAGACUAGCUGCUGCCUUGCAGGUGGUUUAGCUAGAUUACCAUCUAUGAGACAAAUUUGUUGUCACGGCGACAAUCAAUUGAAAAAACAGGUUUCGGAUAAAUCUGAUAUCCCAUAUAAUAGAACUGACCUUUGAAACCUUAAUUUUCUAUUAUAAUGGAGAAAAUGGGCAUCCUUGAUCAGUUUAGCCACUCAGUCAUGAGUCAAUUUUAUUUUGGGAUAGAAUAUUGACUGUUAUAAGUUAUAACAGUUAUUCACCUUGGGCACUGCUUGCUGGUAUGGAGAUGUGAUAUUAGAAAUAUUAUUUUUUUCUGAUUAAUGAUGAAACAAAAUAGGGGUCAAAGAUAGAAAUCAUGGCCAGAGACUGAAUUUUGGCAGCUAACAACCUCAUCUUCAUGGGAUUCAAUUUUCUGUGUAGACCAUGAUCAUGAAGAUAAUGUUAGAUUGGAAGAUAUAGAUAGCAAACAUUAAUUGAAGCCUAGCAAUGCAUCCAGGAACAAUGCACAUAAAGAUAGCUGCUUUCAUCCAGUAGUGAUAGCAUUAGUAAUAACAGAUCUUACCUCAUAGCAGCCUUGAUCAAUUAUAUACAAUUAAUACACAUCCUAAGCCAACUGAGUUAUCUCGUUUGGUGUGGGCAUCAGUUUCAGUUUCAGUUGUUGUAAAUUAUCGAUUAGAAAGGUAUUAUUAUGGGAACUUAUCAAUAAAGUUACCCUUUUUGGAAAGACUUAGACUCAAUCGUAGCUUAACAGGCUUGCUCGCAGCAUUCUUCUUCUUUUAAGAGUUUCUUUCGAAGCCGCUAUCUAACACCUUCUUUUUCGUUGGUAAUGGUUUCAGGUUCUGAAUCAAUUGGGUGAAUUCUUAAACCGAGAUGGAUUCUUGCCCAAAAAAUAAGGAGAACAGCUCUUUUGAUUGAUUCCUUAUACAUAUGUAGGUGUAGGAUUAACUAUAAUUAUUGUGGUGUUUGUACAUCAGAAUGCUGACAGUUAAUGUGCAUAUGUGACUGGUCCAAGGCAGAGGUGUAUAUGAUUGAUGGCUGUGAUGAAACUUUCAUGAUUCGAAACUCUAACAUGCUUAGAUAAGCGAUUUUUUUUA